UUGGGCUAAGAAAAGGUGAAAUAAAAAAUACAAAACAAUAAUAAAAGUCACAAUAUUUUUAUUUUCUUUUUUGUAUUUGCCUUUUUAGAAAUCCUUUACCUCGUUGUCUCUGAGUUGUUGAAAUAUCUUUCUCUCUCUUUCCAUUUUAUUUUUUCUUUGUGAUGGACUCUACGAGGAGUAUUCCAAUCUCAAUCUCAAUCUCAACCUCAUUAUUGUACUAAAGCUCAUUAUUAUUAGCAUCUUUACCUUCUUCCAACUACUUCAUCUUGUUCAACACUUGAAGUUCACAAUAAAAAUAAUGAAUGGUGAUGAUCUUGAUCUUGAUCCAGAUGAAUCUGAGUUUGUUGAAGUAGAUCCUACAGGCAGAUAUGGAAGGUACAAUGAGAUUUUGGGGAAAGGGGCAUCAAAGACAGUUUAUAGGGGUUUUGAUGAGUAUGAAGGUAUAGAAGUGGCAUGGAAUCAGGUGAAACUUUAUGAUUUCCUCCAAAGUCCAGAGGAUCUGGAAAGAUUGUAUUGUGAAAUUCAUCUUCUUAAAACUUUGAAACACAACAACAUCAUGAAGUUCUACACAUCUUGGGUUGAUACAGCUAAUAGGAACAUGAACUUUGUCACUGAGUUGUUCACUUCUGGUACACUUAGACAGUAUAGGCAGAAACACAAGAGGGUUAAUAUAAGAGCAAUCAAACAUUGGUGUAGACAGAUCUUGAAAGGGCUUCUUUAUCUUCAUAGCCAUGAUCCUCCUGUUAUCCAUAGAGAUCUUAAAUGUGACAAUAUUUUUGUAAAUGGCAAUCAAGGAGAAGUCAAAAUCGGCGAUUUGGGUCUUGCUGCGAUACUCCGUAAAUCGCACGCGGCUCGCUGUGUUGGAACACCCGAGUUCAUGGCUCCUGAGGUUUACGCCGAAGAAUACAAUGAAUUGGUCGAUAUCUAUGCCUUUGGGAUGUGCAUCUUAGAGAUGGUCACGUUUGAAUAUCCGUACAGCGAGUGCACACAUCCUGCUCAGAUCUACAAGAAAGUUAUUUCAGGGAAAAAGCCGGAUGCUUUAUACAAAGUUAAGGACCCUGAAGUGAGACAAUUUGUGGAGAAAUGUCUAGUUACCGUUUCUCUUAGGCUUCCGGCUAAAGAGCUACUUAAAGACCCUUUUCUUCAGCCUGAAGAUUAUGGUUAUGAUUUGAGGCCGAUUGAUUAUUGGAGAGAGUUUGAUGGAAUUAAUAACCGUCAUCUUAAUUAUGAACCCGAAGCAAACGAAAUCAUAACCCAUAAAGAAGACCACAUGGGAGACGUUGAUAUUUCUAUCGAGGGAAGGAGAGGAGAUGAUGAUGACGAUGGUAUAUUCUUAAGGCUCAGAAUUGCCGACCGAGAAGGGCGUGUUCGGAACAUUUACUUCCCUUUUGACAUCGAAUCGGACACAGCAUUUAGUGUUGCAAACGAAAUGGUUUUCGAGUUGGAUAUCACCAAUCAAGAUGUCCAUAAAAUAGCCGACAUGAUCGAUGGCGAAAUUUCUUGCUUAGUGCCAGAGUGGAAGAAGGGGAUAGAAGAAGAUCACGAGAUCGAUGGUUAUUGUCAAAGUUGUGCGCCAAACGGUUCUCAAAUCAACCCGAAAUCAAAAAGCCGGCAUCAGUGUUCAAGCCAUCAUUGUGGUGCCAAUAUCCACGGGCGGUUUGAAGAAAUAACUUACCAGUUUGACGGUUCCGAGCAGUGUUUGACCGAAGGCGCACCUGUUGUCUCGAGCCAGUCCGAUGGUUUACAAUAUUCUGAUAUAUGGGGCGCAAACCAGAGCGAAUAUCAGUCGUGUACAGAAGAUGAACCGGUAGUUGAAAAAUCCGUCAAGUUUGAGGAAGCCGAUUUAGCAGAUGACUAUGAAAACGAGAUUCGACAAGAAUUGAGAUGGCUCAAGGCUAAGUACCAGAUGGAGCUAAGGGAACUUAAAGAUAAACAACUAGGACUUGCACCGGACAAACAUACAAAACAUAAAAUGUCGAGACAGCAUAAAGACGAUCAUGACGAUCACCCACAUUUGCUAAAAUCAUUCGCGGCGGGAACCCAUUUCGUUUCGUUUUCUCUAGAUGAUGGAGAACCGGAGACGUGUGAAAACACUAGCACAACGAAGAACAUGUGCACAGGGGACUUGAUUCCUCAUCACCUUAAUAGGGCAGCUUCACUUCCUGUUGAUCCCAUAGAUUCUUGAUAUGAAAUUGUCAUCUGAUUCUUUUUGCACCCAACAACAGACAAUAAGGUGAUGAUGAUGAUGAUGAUGAUGAAACAUCUUUUUUUUUUUUUUUUUUUUACUUUGUGAAAUUUGUACAGCCCUCAGCUGAAGGUGGGUGGAAAGAUACACCAUUCCUUUGUGAUCUGUUGUGAGUGUACAUUGCCAUAUAAUGUCAUUAUGCUUAUACAUGAAACUAUCAUCAAUAUGUUUGCAAGAUGUAUAUUUAUUCAUUUACUUUUU